AUGAGCAAGCCAUUGAGUGUGACAAUCAUCGGUGCUGGCCUUGCCGGCCUUCUUUCGGCUCGAGUCCUACGCGAGGACCACAACGUCACAGUUUUGGAACGGUGGUCCGGUGGUAAUGAGCAUGGAGCCGCCAUCAACAUGGGUCCAAAUGGCUCGAAAAUCGCAAAGGCCCUCGGCUUCAAGCCCGAGAACGCUGGGUCUUUGUCAGCGUCUGAAGGUAUCCAUUACAACGAGAAGGGCGAUAUGACAUUCGCCUCCAAGUUCGGCGAUCUUGCUUCCAAGUUUGGUGGAGAGUGGUAUUUCCAGCACAGAGCAGACCUCUGGGACGAGUUUCGUCGCUUAGCCACCGCUCCGUCAGAGGAUUUAGGAAUAGGUGGAAAACCUGCCACCAUAGUUUGGGGCUGCGACGUCGUUGAUGUGGAUGUCGAAAGUGGGCUCGUCACGCUCACAGAUGGUCGCAAGUUUGAGUCUGAUCUUGUUGUUGCAGAUGGAAUAAAGUCGCUUGUGCGUGUCAAAGUCGUUGGUGACGAAGCUUUCCGCACCGCAAGGCCAUCUGGAUCAUCAGCGUUCAGAUUCACUUUGCCACGCGACGUCGUAGAGAACAUGGACCCGGAAUUCAGAGCUAUCGACAGGACGAAGCCGGCAAUUCUGCAGAUCUAUGAAGGAGUUGGAAGGCAAGCUGUUAUCUAUCCAUGUCGCAAUUUUGAUCUGGUCAAUGUAGGUUGCAUCGCUUCCGACGAGCUCAUUGGCCAUGAGACGACUGAGUCCUGGUCCGCGACCGGAACUCUGGAAGAUCUGCUGAGGGUUUAUGAGGGGUUUGAUCCAAAGCUUCUAAGCAUUUUCAAACAGGCCAAGGACAUCCGCCUUUGGCAGCUUCGCGAUCAAGAUCCUCUCCCGACUUACAUCAAAGGCAGGACGGUCAUAAUAGGUGAUGCUGCUCAUGCCAUGACACCACACCAGGGACAAGGCGGCAACCAGGCCAUAGAAGAUGCCGAGGGAUUUUUCCUCUUCAAAGGACAGCGCAUCAAUCGCGCAUCAGUUCCGAGCAUCUUGCAAGACUUUGACAGAGUCCGCAGGAAGCGGGCAUCGACUAUUCAGAUGCACACGCGUGAUCAGCACGGCCGCAAGGACCCCAGCAAGAUGUGGAAGUACACCCAGUACAACUUCACCUAUCCUGGUAUUUGCGAGUGUUUGGAAAGACUCAAUGCAGGCGCAGAGAUGAUUGCGAUUUGA